AUGCAAAGCUUGGCAGCCUACCUGUUCGCCCUUUUGUUUUGCUGCGGCAGUGUUCGUUCAGCGCCGGCAUGGGCAAGAAUUUCUCGUAGGGACGGCAAUGGCCGACCUGAAUCGUAUGAAGCGCACACAAUAGAUAUGCCCGUAGACCAUUUCCCGGACUCUGAUCGGUACGUCCCGCACACGAACGCCACGUUCAAGCAGCGAUACUUCUUUGACGACACCUACUAUCAACCUGGGGGGCCUGUAUUUCUGUACAUUGGCGGCGAGACAAGUGGCGAAAGUCGCUUUUCGAAUUUGCAGACGGGAAUCAUUCAGAUUUUGAUGAACGCUACGAAUGGCUUGGGAGUCAUUCUCGAGAACCGCUACUAUGGCGAGAGCUAUCCAUUUGAAACAAGUACCACCGAUGAACUACGUUUCUUGACGACGGAACAGACAAUUGCGGAUAAUGCAUACUUUGCCCAGCACGCGGCUUUCCCGGGCAUCAACGCAAGUUUGAACGCCCCUCACACGCCCUGGAUCCUGUACGGGGGCAGUCUUGCGGGAGCGCAGACUGCGUUCUCCCUUGUUGAAUACUCUGGCCUUUUGUGGGGCGGAAUAGCCUCCAGCGGCACGAUACAUGCUCAGGUUGAAUAUCCGGAGUGGUACACGCCAAUCCAGAAGUACGGACCUCAGGACUGCAUUUCCAGAAUUAACGCCAUUGUGGACAAGAUUGAUGCUUUGAUUGAAUCCCAGCAGACGGAGGCGAUACAAAAAGUCAAGGACAUCUUCGGACUUGGCGCCUUGGAAGAUAUUCGCGACUUUGCAAUGACGAUUGCUUUCCCCCUUGGUGGGCCGAUGAAUUAUCCCACGAAUACCUGGCAGGAGCUGAAUUGGUAUCCUGAAUACGAUUCGGAAGAUUUCUUCUGGUUUUGCGGUAAUGUCACUGAUGAUAGCGCCCCGGCUGAGAUCAAGGCCACCGACUAUGCACUGUCGAAUUACACAAACGGGGAGCCGUGGACAGGACUCGGUGGCUACGCAGAUUAUGUGAAGAAGGUUGUCGUAUCGGCUUGCCCCAGUCCAGAUCUUAUCGGCACGACGGAAUGCUUUAGCACGCAAAAUGAGAGCUUCUACGCAGACGCCACGAACUCAGCCAGCAGAAGCUAUCUCUACGAGACAUGUAACGAAGAAGGGGCGUAUCAAGUUGCGUCCAAGUCUGGGCCUUCACUCAUCCUUAGGGUUCUUCAGGCAGACUAUACACAGCAGUGGUGCACUUGGGCAUUUCCUCCGGGCGAAUACAACCGGAUCCCAGACUCUCCCGAUCUUUCUUACUACAGGAAGUACGGCGACUUCAACUUAUCAGCGCCGCGACUCGCUCUCAUUGACGGAGAUGUGGAUGUUUGGAGGGAUCUGUGCUAUCACUCUUCGGAGGCUCCAGUAAGAUACGGCGAAAACCAGUAUUUAAUCGCUGGUGGAGGGCACCAUUGGGACAGUUACGGCAUCCUUGAUAUAGAGGCUGAGCCGGACUAUAUAAGAGAAGCUCACAAAUGGGAGAUCCGGAUGGUGAAGAAGUGGCUGAACGAGUUCGAGGUCAAGGGUUACAGAAGGGAGAAGCGGGACGAGCUGUAGUAAGCCCUAAGUCGAAACUAGCAGUUAGAAAUAGCCUUCGAUCAUGGGAUUUUUAGCUUCUAAUUUUAUGCCUCUUGAUCCUUAUCAAGGUUAUAUUGCCUGUAUCAUAAAAUGAAAAGAGG